AUGCCCUCCUUCAACUUGCGCAAGCGCGCCAACACAAUGCUCGGCAGCGCUGCUUCACCCUCGAUCGGCCCUCUUCAGACUCGCACACAACGUGCAUUGUCACGCUUGUCCCGCCUCAAGACGCCCCUUCGCUCGCGCACGCCGUCCUUCCACGCGUCGGUCUUCGCGCCCUCCUCGCCCGUCUCGCCUCCCUCGCCCACCUUUGCACGCCCGAUCAAGCAGAUCAGGCGACAGUCGCGCUCCUUCUCGACGUUCACGGCGUCGUUGCAACUGUUUGCUUCGCCUGCGACGCCGACCUCGAACCAGUUCGCGCCUCGCUCGCCGCUUGGACGCGACGACGGCCAUCAGCUGAAGCGCACGAUCAGCUACCCUCUUCUCGUUCAUACUUCUCUCGGCUUUGACAGCGACACUUCGCCUGACUGGUUCGGCACGCGCGACACGACCCAGUGCUUCGCCAACACGACCAGCUUUGUCGACUCGCCCACUUCGUUCGGCAAUUGCUUGACGGCCGACGACACCGAGUCGUUCUCCGUCAACUUUCCUCGUCUCGAUGAGCCCGAACCGAGCGAGGCGAGUUGCAGACGCUUCUCGGACGAGUCGUGCGCAACUCCCACGAGGGCGACCUUCGAAUACGAGGCUUUCAACGAAGUCUCGCGCUUCUCGACCUCGACGGAAAGUUCGCCCUCGACUCUGGCGUUGUCGGAGCAGUCGCACCGACCCUUCGACGUCUUUGACGACCACCGCGCCCAAUCACCUGGCGACGAGUCGCUCGACCUCGACUUUGACAUGACUUCGGUCCUCCCGCUCUCGCCUCCGCCGUCGCCCGAGGAGUAUCGCCACCAGCCUCUGCCCGUCUCGAGCAUGUCGCCACCGUCGCAGGCUUGGCUCGGCAGGCCCAUGGAAGAGGAUACGGACGUCGUCGAUCCGAUGAUGGCGUUCUCGUAUUCGCCCACUCCGGCUGGACGCGCGGUGGGUCGCUUCAGGAGGCCGAGCAGCAUCUUCACGCCUCCUCAGACGCCGAGCCUUGACGCGGUCAUGGCGGAAUACCCUUCGCCGCUCAUGCUCCCAUCGCCAGUCGCCACCUUGCGCUCUUCUGCCUCGUACAACAGUCCCUCGCUGCUCUCGCUCGCCAUCGAGGAGCUUUCGACCGAGUUCGAGAGGGCUGAGACGCUUUCGAUUCUUACGACACCGACCCGCAAGCUUGAGCCCUUCCCUUGCGUCUCGCCAGAGUCGUUCCCGCCACGCCCUGCGACGCCGACGCCGAGUUGCGCCUCUUCCCUCGACUUGAGCCAGCCCUUCCCUCUCCCGCCUCGCCGUCGUGCACUGCGUCGCGUGGCCGAUCGCCUCAUUCCCGCACCGAUCCUCACCUCGAAGCCGCUCCUCCCGCGUACGAGGUCGUCGUCGCCCGCGUCUUCGACCCCUAUCACUGCAACUCCUCUCGCAUCGCCGUCGCUCUUCUCCCCGACAAGCGACCACACUUUCCUGACCGCCUCAACGCCGAUCUCGCCUUUCACGCCUCGUCACGACCUGCACGGCCUGGCGCUCCUCGACGCGACGACCUGCAAGCCUUCGCCUCCGUCGAGUCCGCGCAAGGGCAGGGAGCGCCGCCGCCCCGUCAUUAUCACGCCCGUCACCUCGCCGACGUCGUCGCUCUUCCCAAAGCACGUCAAGGGCGCCGAGUCUGCCGGCAAGAUCAGGAUGUCGCUCUAG